AUGGUUCACUGUGAAAGCUUCUUGCCCUCAAUGAGGGAUCAUAGUGAAGACUCAAACAGUUGUAACUGGUCAAUGUACGGUGGAGAUAAGAAUUUGCCGCCAUACGGUCAACAGUAUCAGAAUGGUUUCUCGGCGAGACCUGCACCACCAGAAUCUUACUCUGGAAACGAGAGAGAUGUUCUCAAACAAACAAUGCUUGAACACGAAGCCGUAUUCAAGAAUCAGGUUCAUGAGCUUCACCGGUUGUAUAGAACGCAGAAGAGCUUGAUGGAUGAAGUAAAGGGGAAGACUUUUCUUGACCACAUGAACCAGUCUGAGCACACACCGGAGAGUGCGAUUAAACGAGAGCUGCCUGGCUUUCUCUUGGGAAACUCGAUGUGUGGUGGUGAAGGAAGCAGCGCUCAAGCUUGCAGUGUUCCAAUGCAGAAUGGGAUUCGUUCAAAGGACGACGAUGUGUUUGAGGUUAGACCUGUGACGGUCAAGAGAAAAAUGAUCGAUCUUCAGCUCCCGGCAGAGGAGUAUCUUGAUACAGAGGGUGAGAACACGAGCUGUCCUCCUAAUAAGCAGUCGAAAGCAGGAAGAGAAGCUGGUGAGAAGCAGCUGUUUCUUGGAAGAGGCAAUGCUUCUAAUCAGAACGGUUCUUUGGUUAUGAAGAACACUGACUUGAACGAGCCAGUCCAAUGCCAAGAAUCACUACCUGUUUCUGCUUCCAUGGAUUUCUAUUCUCUUUGUGGAAGAAACAUGGCACAGGCGCAAAGCCAAUGGUUGGAAAAAAACUCAGGUCAAAAUGGAUGGAGGGGUCUGGAAGCAGGGCAAGUCAAGAGCACUCCAAGAGACAAGUCAUCUCUGCCUUCCCAUUCGGUACAAGCUCUUUCCAACAGUGCAUUUCAACCUCUGGUCUAUCCUUCAAAUGAUCACAGGCGGUUAUCUGGCGAAUGGGAAGCUCCUCGUCAAAGGAACCCUGAAGUUUCCUAUGAUAGCUAUGUGGAAUCAAGCGUGGCAUCAAAUGCUCCAAGCUUGCAUCAUGCGUACCGCCCUGAAUCUGUUAGACCUUGGAGCCAUUGGAUUCCAUCAUGGGACAACCGAAGUGGCAGCUCAGUUCAGAAACCCUUGCCGCUUCAGACGAAUCCGUUCUUGAAUUUUAAUGCACAAGCAAGAGCAGAUUCGAGUUCUGGGAUGAGAAGUCAUGAUUUUGGCGGGCCUCCUUACCAAGGAUUCUCUUCAGGGUCGAAGGAAACUGCCUCUGCCUUUAAUUUUCCAUCAGGAAACCUUAACCAUCUUAACAACGGCACAAACGGAGCUCUUACAAAUGGUUCUCUGAGUAGUGAGGCUUUGAAGCAAAACUUUCAAGGACCAAGAAAGCAGGAAUCCUCUGCUAAGUUGCCCUGGAUAAUACCUAAGCCUUCUAACAAGAAUGAAACAAUCAACGGCGGUUUCGAUUUGAAUGCUUCUGCAAGUGACGUGUGUGACUCCUCGAAUGGUUUGAGGUCUGUUUCGUAUUCUAAUGGCGCCAACAUGGGACGGGUUAACAUUGCGGAUUCACAGAGCUUUAGAAAGAUUCUUGGAUUCCCGAUCACUCAGCACCCUCCCCUUAUCCCUUCUUCUGUGUGUCUCGCUGAUCAACCCAGGGGAGUCAACACCUUGGUGAAGAGAAACCUCGAUAUCAACUUGCCGUGUGAAGCUUCAGGCGGCUCUGAAGCCGUGGUUAUGGACAAGGUUGAAGGUAAAAAAGCUGCCACUUCCAGGCACUUCAUUGACUUGAAUUUAUGUGCUAGUGAGGAUGAAGAUUUCACCUUGGCUACUAAUCCAAGAGUGGAAAGAAAAGCAACAACUCUGAUAGAUUUGGAAGCUCCACCGAGUCUUGAGAGUGAAGAAGAAGCUGGAGACUCUGUGGAUGAACUCAUCAAGGCAGCAGCAGAAGCUAUAGUCACCAUCUCACUGUCUUGCCACUGCCGUACUACAGACGAAUCUGCUUCCUCUUCGACCAAUCCAGUUGCUGAGGACCCGCUCUCUUGGUUCGUCAACACAAUAGCUUCUUGCGGCAAUGACUUAGAGAAGAAGAUUGAUGCUUGUUUGGAAGUUAGAGACUGUGAAGGCGGCCGUGAGGAAUGUUCUUCAGGAGAGUUUGAUUACUUCGAGGCGAUGACUCUGAACUUACCUCAGACCAAAGAAGAAGACUACAUGCCAACACCUUUAGUCCCUGAGUAUCUGAAACUCGACGGGACGGACUCUAUGGGCGUCACAGCUAACCGGCCAAGGAGAGGACAAGCAAGAAGAGGAAGACCGAGACGGGAUUUCCAAAGGGAUAUUCUCCCUGGACUUGCUUCUCUGUCUAGGCUCGAAGUCACUGAAGAUCUUCAAAUGUUUGGGGGACUUAUGAAAGCCACAGGGUACAGCUGGAGCUCAGGAGUGGCUCGAAGGAGCUCAAACCGUGGUGGGUCUAGCCGAGGGAGGAAACGACUGGUCAGCAACAUUGACAUAGCUCCGGUUUGUUUGAGUAACAACAACAACAGUGUACAAAUGGUGGGACUGGAAGAUAGGAGCCUUACGGGAUGGGGAAACGCAAGUAGAAGACCAAGGCGACAAAGAUGCCCUGCAGGUACUUCUUCCCCAACUGUCAUCUUAACAUAA